GGAAGCCACAGUGGACCCCAGAAUCGCAAACUCUGAUCGCCACAGCAGUUUCGGCGGAUCGGCGUCCAAUAGGAUGGUUGUCCACGAGUACGGUACCCGAAUCGAGACCAACGAGGGCCCCCAACUCCAACGCACGUCCACGGUCAUCCUCAUUUCUCUGCUUCUUACUUCUGCCGCCUCAUUUCUCUCCCUCGAUAUCGCCAUCGGAGAGGCAAGAAGUCAGAUUGAACCCUAAUUGACCUCUGCCUGUUAAGCCAUCUACAACUUUGCCUCACUCCAUGCAAGAUAUUCACUACGACAACGCCAAGUUCCGCCGCCGAUCCCCUCUCAAGGUGAUUACUCAAGCACUGGUCACUAGCCAUAUCAGAUAUUGCUGCAGAGGCUGUAGCACAGGAAAAUUUUUAAUGCUGUUGAUGAUCCUUGGUUUGACAUACUUGAUAACACAUAAAAGUUCUGACCAUUCUGCAUCUAACAUACAUUUGAAUAGUGCUGCAAAUGUAGGACAUAAAUAUGUCAAGGAAGGUGUUAGUAUAAUAGACAAAAUUUGGAGAAAACCUCCAAGGCUUCCUCCACAACUUCCUCCUGAUGAAGCCCAAAAUGUUAGUUCUAGUCUUGAAGAACAGAGGCUGCAUUGGUUUUCAAGGAAACAAAAAGUCAAAGAGGCAUUUGUUCAUGCUUGGUCUGGGUACAAAAACCAUGCAAUGGGUUAUGAUGAGCUUAUGCCAUUGAGUCAAAGAGGCACUGAUGGUUUGGGAGGUCUAGGUGCCACCAUAGUAGAUUCCUUGGAUACAGCCAUUAUAAUGGGUGCUGAUGAAAUUGUUUAUGAAGCAGUACCAUGGAUAGAAAAACAACUUGUGGAAAGAAUUGAAAAGAAAGGGCAGGUUAACUUGUUUGAGACAACAAUACGUGUAUUAGGUGGGCUUCUCAGUGCUUAUCAUUUAAGUCGGGGAGAUAAGGGUACCAUAAGUGAUAGUGGAAUACCUAUGACUCUUAAAGGUGUUAAAUCAGAAAUCUUUCUGGAGUUGGCAAAGACCUUAGCUGACAGGCUGUUAUCUGCCUUCGCUUCAAGUCCAACAUCAAUUCCUUUCAGUGAUGUUGUUCUCCAUGAUCAUUCUGCUCAUCCAGCUCCCGAUGGCUUAAGCAGUACCGCUGAAGUUUCGACCUUGCAACUUGAGUUUAACUACCUAAGUGAAAUUUCUGGUGAUCCCAAGUAUCGUUCAAAGGCAAUGAAGGUGUUGGAACAUAUUAGGUCUCUUCCCAAGGUGGAAGGACUGGUGCCCAUCCAUAUCAGCCCUCACUCAGGUCAGUUUAACGGAGAGAACAUUCGGCUGGGAUCUCGUGGUGAUAGCUACUAUGAAUACUUGAUUAAAGUUUGGAUUCAGCAAAAGAAUAGUGGCAAUCAGCUAAACUAUUUGUAUCAGAUGUAUGAAGAAGCAAUGAGAGGGGUGAGGCACCUUCUUGUUCGGAAGUCCAUUCCCAGAGGAUUGGUUUUUGUUGGGGAGCUGCCUCAUGGAUCUAAUGGUUCUUUCAGUCCUAAAAUGGAUCACCUGGUCUGUUUCCUACCAGGAACCCUAGCCCUUGGUGCAACAAAAGGUAUCACGAAGAAGAAAGCUAUUGAAAGAAACUUGUUGACCCCAGAUGACUUGGAGAAUUUGAAGCUUGCUGAAGAUCUAGCAAAAACAUGCUUUGAAAUGUAUGCUAUCACUUCUACGGGUCUUGCUCCUGAAAUUGCUUAUUUCCAUAUUGAGGGUGAUUCUGAAGGGGGUCUUGAUGGUGGUAACAAAAGCUCUGAGUAUAUAGAUGACAUAAUAAUCAAACACAAUGAUCGCCACAAUCUUUUGCGCCCUGAAACAGUGGAAUCAUUGUUUGUGUUGCAUCGUGUAACCGAAGAUCCAAAAUACCGAGAAUGGGGUUGGCAGAUCUUUGAGGCCUUUGAAAAAUAUACGAAGGUAGAUUCUGGUGGGUACACAUCUCUUGAUGAUGUCACACUAAUUCCUCCUCCUAGACGAGACAAAAUGGAGACAUUCUUUUUAGGUGAAACCUUGAAGUAUCUAUAUUUGUUGUUUGGAGACGAGAAUGUUAUUCCUUUAGAUAAAUUCGUAUUCAACACAGAGGCCCAUCCUCUUCCAAUUAUUUGGUCAAAAUAUUCAGCCUAGAACUCCAGCAACUGAUUACAAUUUGAGAACACAAGCUUGAGGAACUUCGAGUUACUGGGGCUUGAAGAAACUCAAAUGCUACCUUGUGCAUUCCCAAGAUGAACAACUUUGGAUGCAGGGUUUAUGCAACUUCUGGCACUGUAAAGAUGUAGCAGGCUCUGUAAAGAUGUAGCAUGAGUUCCAACGUCGAAUCUCUUUAUACACCAAGUAUCGGCUGAAGGAGGGUUCUAAGGCCAAAAUUGCCCUCUGUAAAUGUUCAGAGUUGUCCUGUUAGGAAUUGUUUUGUUUUUAGAUGUUCAUGCCCAACUACUAGUCGGAUGCUUUUGAUUUAUGGUUAUUGUUCAAGGUGAAGACAUAAUUUAAUUGGAAAAUACACCAUGUUAUGUUCUUUAGCCAAGUGAGUUUCCCUUUUGGCUAUAUAUUGGUACAUUGGGGGGUACUGUGGUGACUAAGAGAAAUGAUGCUUGAUUUUAAUAAUAGAAGGUUUCAGUAUAACAUUUGGUUGUCUGUAAUUGGAUGACAAUUUUUUUUCUUAUCUCAGGUUAGUCAUACUUGCAAAAGAGUUACCAUCCUAAUGAAUUUAUGAUACGAAACAUAUUUACAUUGGUGUUAAGUAAAAUAUUGGAUUUUUUUUGUCGAAUUAGGUAUGUGGCCGGUGUUAAAUAAAUAGGUGAUGGGGCUGUUCUUGUCUUUUUUUUCUUUUCUUUUCACUUUUGGGCCUUGGAUUGGGCCGAAUCUUCGAAUACGGAUCUUUAUAUACAAAUCGCCAGUCUCACGAAUCUCAAAGUUAUAGCAUGAGGAACACCAGGAGCGACUCCAGCGUCGUCCGUGUUAUUUAGCCGAGGUCCUCUCGAGUCUCGACUCUUUACCGGUGGCGAAAGCGAGUCAGUUUCUAUCUCCAUGGCUUCAUCUCCGGCGGCCGUCAGGGAACUCCAGCAGGAUCUCGAGAGUCAGGCCAACGCCCUCAGCAAGAUCCAAAAAGGCGCGCACGCACACACACACGCGCUCUGUGAGUGCGUGUGUGUGUGUUAUCUCCCUUUUUGAUCCCUUCUCUCGCGUUCUACGCCUCACCUGUGCUUCCAUUCUCCGCUACAGACAUCGCCAAGAAUCACCAAGUCCGGAAGCAGUACACCAUCCAGCUCGGCGAGAACGAACUUGUCCUCACGGAUAUAGCGGAGGCUAACGCCAACGUGCGCAAAAGGAUCGAAUACAUCUCGGUUGAACUUAAGCGGCUCGAUGGGACACUUCAGGAUUCAGAAGACAAGCAGAACAGCAAGAAGGAAUCGGUCUUACAAUUACAACAGAAGAUUCAAACUCUGCAGGCUGGAAAAUCCAAAUCCUAGCUUCAUUUUGUCAGGACUGUCCAGUCAUUCUACUUGCAUUCAUCCAGUGUAUGCAGGUGUCGCACAAUUGUCAGAACAGUUGCUGUGAUGGGGCUGCCACCACCUCACCGAUCAACCAACAGAGGAGGAUUAUGAGUUCAGGAAAUAAAGCCAUACAAAUGUUGGCUCGCCAAGAAGUAGCGGACCAAUUUCUGCCCCUGAUUCCCGGGCCAGAAAGAGACGAGAGACACGCGAAGCACGGAAUUAGGAUUGGCGAAUGGGUAGAUCCUCCCACCCGCCGUCCAUGCUCAUGCCGUAAGCAAAUCUAUUGCUUCUGUCCAUUUUCAGUCUUAUUCUCGUGUUUUCGACCAAAACAGUCUCUUUGGCAUCCAAAUUGCCGUAAGCACGAUACUGUAUUUGUCGUCGUAUUGUCGUUAAUUAGCUCUUCCAUCCU